CCCCUUCCUCCCUUUCCUCUUUCUUUUCUCCCUCUCCGCUCCCUCUCCUCGUUCUUUUAACCCGUCUGUGCCCAUCUCGUGUCAUUUCUCCAUCUAUGUGGCACACACACGAUGGCCCUCCCCGACCCUGGCCUUCCUACCCCCAAACUCCUCCGUGAAUCCACCGACCUCACCUUUUCCUCCACCUUCACCAGCUCCAGCACCCGCUCGUUCUCCUACACCCCCAACGCGGUGACCUUCACCCGCACCCGCACCCGCACCCGCACCCGCCUGCCUCUUGCCAACAAACACAAAUACCGCAUCCUGCACCAACCUCUGUUCCGCAAUUCUCUCCUCGCCGGCGUCGGAUACCUAGAACUAGCCAAUGCGGCCGACUUUGCGGCCAAUGUGUGGAACGAGAUCCCGGUGCCCCUGCACGCCAAGAUCCUGAUGGCGAUUGGCGGGCCCUGCGCGCUGUGCAUGACCCUGGUCGCCGCCCGAGACAUGUACCUCAGCGCCGCCAACGUGCGGUUGCUGCGUCGAGAGAGAACUUUCCUCGCCGACAGCAUCUCCGCCAGUGCAUCGUCGGCCGACCACACCGAUGACGGCCCCCACAGACCGACCCCCCAUCCAUCCAGCGAGAGAUCCACCAUCGACAGGCUCAACGAGUACAAGCACGGCGUCAAUACCCGCGAGGUGCUCACCGAAGUCAUCGACCGCAUCCUCAUGGAUCUGCUCAUGGGCGUUGGUGCCCUGCUCGUGGGCAUCGGCACCCUGCUCGCGAUCUGGGGCGCUGAUCCGACCAUCUACCGGGCCAGUAAUCUGCUGUCCGGGUACGUGGGCAAUGGACUGGCGGCGGGCUUCGGGCUCGUCAAUGCGAUUUGGUCCGCGUAUCUGGUGUGGCGGUUCCAGCGGUGCUGGAGGGCGUGCGCCGCGGCGGCGGCGGAGGAGGAGGGGAAAAUCCCCCGUGACCAAAACCACGAGCUUCCGGCCUCGCUGAAGACCAAACUCCGGGCGCGCAUGCGGGCCCUGCAGUUCCAUGCCGUCGUCAACGGGGUCAACGGCGUGGUGGCCGGGGCCGCGAGCAUGGUCACGGCGACCAUGUGGUACGGGUACGUGGUCCUGGUGCCGUGCAUCGUGAGCCUGAUCCUCCUGAACGUGUUCUGGCGCGCGAGACUGGGCUACGACCGUUCGCUGGGGACGUUCUCCUCCACCGGACUCGACGCGGAGUCGUGCACCGCUGCCACGGCCACCACUGCUGCUGCUGCUGCUGCUGCUGCUGAAAACCCCGUCGUCCACGCCACCAUCCCAGAAGACGACUCCGCCACAGAUCCAGAUCACGAUCACCCCUCACCUCCACCUCCCUCCUCACCCGCUGCCCUCGCCCACCACAAAGAAGACAUCGACCGGGACCCCCCCAACGAAGACGCCCUCUCCAUCCUCCUCACCGAGCUCGCCUAUGUCAGCGAAAUGCACCGUGCCCUUCUACACACAAACAAUGACCAUGACGCCAGCAGCCACCGAGAAACCGAAACCAAGAUCCUCCGAACCCUCCAACUCCCCAUCACCACCCUCACGCCCAUCACCCUCCUCGCCUUCAUCACCCACCACAACCUCUGGGAGAGUUUCUGCGUCUGGCUCAUCGAAAGCCAGAGCCAGAGCCCAUCCCUGCUCAAAAGGAUGUGGGAUAUCCUCCGUUUCCGUUUCCGUUUCCGCCGACACCCAUCACUCACAUCCAGGACAACAGAGGAAGAACUAGACGCCAUCCUCGGCUUGGGGAGAGAUGCAAACCCCGAUGCUAUAUCUCCCGUGCUCACCUCUACAGGCUCGGAGAGAGCUACGUCAGCACCAGCAGCAGCACCAGCAGCAGCACCAGCAGAGGUAACGCUCCACCACCCGGAGGACCUGCUGACGCGCUGCAAGGACCCGACCCUCCUCGUCCGCAAGAUGACGGCGUUUCUCGUCGGGAACGUGACCCGGUGCUUCGCCUACCGCGAGCGGUAUCUGCUGGAGAUGGUGGGGUAUGCCAUCUGGAAGGAGUCUCUCGCUCAUCCGGGGGCAUUGUGAAUAAGGAAAAGGGGGGGGUAAGGUCAUUCGAUAUGACCGGUCCCUCAACGAUUGUGCAGGACACAACACGACGAAUACAUCAAUGGAUGCUGAGCAUCAUUGCCUUUUCGGCAUCAAAGCUUGCCUCGAACUUUUACAUAAAUAUGAACUUUAGAAGUCAGGAGAUUAUAGACACUUU